AUUUGCAUAGCAUGGGUGGGCACAGGUAAUGCUAUAAGUGGGAAUGGGUGGGUUCAGGUCGCUGCUGAUGGUUUUGGUCUGGUCUGGGUGCAGAUUUGAAGUAAAAUGUUGGCCUCUGCUCUAUAGUUAAGAGACAUGGAAGCCAGAAUCUGCCCACAACUGGCAAAUUCAUGACCAUCAGUGAACGGAUGAUUAGACGUGUCACGGCACUGAAGGCAAUCCCUGAGAAUCCGAACGCAUCAGUAUUCAGAGGCUGGAUCACGAGGCGAAAGAAUGAGCAGCAGCUAUGAAAGUCACUUCACAAGAGCGAGCAUUGCGGUCUAAAGCUCAAGUCGAAACACCGACUGCGCUUGAAGAUGCAGAUAUUUCCUUCUAUCGUGACGGUGUACCGAUACGAGUGUCAGAAACGCACAAAUCUCGCAGCAUGCAAGACCUGCAGUCCUCUGUUGAAACGUCGAAGUAUAUAUGUGAAUUUCAAACAGGACAUGGACAUCGAGAUGAAGAACGAGUUUCUUCGCACGGUGAGAAAAGAGCAAAGGCUGUCUCGAAAAUAAUCCAGUCUUGUAAAGUGGAGGAGUUACGUUCAUCUCUGAAAGCAUGGGAGCACGGAUCUGGUCUUAAACCCCGACAUGAAGAACAAGGGAAUUCUGCCUCCCUCCUCGAUGUAACAACUUCUAUUAACAGGCCACUGAAAUCUUGCAGUUUGAAGGAGCCUCUCUCAUUUUUCAAGGACGAAAACUGCAAGUGCAACCAAGUCAAACCUGUAAGCCGUAAGUUGCAAAUUAGGAGAAGCUUUCAAUCAAAAGGUCGCAAUAGUCAUUUUAAAGGUAGCAAAAUUUUCAAGGCUGGAAGUAAAUAUUUGAGCAUGAAGAUUGUGAACGUACAGAAAGUUGAGAAAUCAGCUCACCCUGUGCCUACACCAAAGUCCAGUACUACGAGUGGGAAUGAAACUUGGAUGAAGGCCAAUGAUGUUCAUGUGAUUGGAGACUAUGCAUCGAGGACAUCCAAGGCAACGGACGAAUUUCCCAGGAGCGGAAAGCUUGCAGUAUCAGGCUGUAGGGUGGACAUUACAAGUGGAAAGAGAAGGCGAACUCUGACUGAGAUCCUUCUCGGGCUCUUCAAGGCUGGAAGUAAAGAUUUGACCAUGAAGGUUGUGGACGUCCAGAAAGAUAACAAAUCAGCUCACACUGUGCCGACACCAGAGUCCAGUACUACGAGUGGGAAUGAAACUUGGCUGAAGGCCAAUGAUGUUCAUAUGAUUGGAGACUAUUCAUCGAGGAUAUCCAAGGCAACGGACGAAGUUCUCAGCAGCAGAAAGCGUGCAAUAUCAGGCAGUAGGGUGGACAUUACAAGCGGAAAGAGAAGGCGAACGCUCACUGAGAUUCUUCUCGAAGCUCCUCCUGCAGGUGAAGCAAAUCCAGGACAUGAUUCUAAGCCUCGUAAGAAGCGGUGCAGAAAGCUUCUCGCCUCGCCUACAGAAGCAGCUCCAUUGGGCCCGCUUGAGCCCGCUGACGGCCAGCUACAUUCUGCACCGACAGAAGGAUGCAGAACAACUUUUGGAGAUAGUCCUCUUCGACAGUCCUCAGCUGCAGGUCUGAACUCCAGGCUUCAGGCGGACGCACAGCAUCAAGCCCAGGACCAUGAAGGAGUGCAGGAAGGAGCUCGGAUCGAUGGCCGUGCUGAUGAAGGUCUGCAGCGAAUGGAUCCAGGAAGGUUGGAGCAUACAGAUGAUCGAAUCUUCACAAAGACCUCGGCUCCGGACGAAUGUAUGUCUGGCCUCAGAUGCCGUUACGAUUUUGGUGCCCUCGACGAUCAUGAGAACUGUAAAUUUAGUUUUGAGCUUAAGCAUGAAGAGGUUGCUAAGUUUCUGCAUGCAGUUGCCAUGAGUUCUGAGGGGUUUGAAAUCGGAGAAGAUCUUCCGGUGCCCCCAAGUUCUACUUCUUGCUUCAUAUCCCGCCAGCCUGGAGAUCAGGAGACUCCCAUGGAGAUAGAUGGUUCCGAUGAAUCAAGAAAGUGCAUGAAAUAUGUGGAAGCAAAGAGUCCAGCAGAGGCUGGGCUCGAAGACUCCAAGACCGUAAUUAAUUUCUCGAUUUCGUCCAACAAUGUUCUGCCUGGCCCUCCCGAUCAAAUCGAAGAUAAAGAGCGUGCCGAGUGGAAGUACAUUCGUCGAAAUGUAUUUCGCUGCCGACAGAGGAGGAAGAAGAAUGGAGAGAUCAUGAUCUGUCAAUGCAGACCAUCGAAGGGAGAUCAAGCUGGCUGCGGUGAUGGGUGUCUGAAUCGUCUCCUGAACAUCGAAUGCAAUCAAGAACUUUGUCCGUGUGGAGCAUCAUGCUCCAAUCAGCGUUUUCAGAAACAGAAAUACGUCGCGAUGGAAAUCAUCGAGUGCGGAAAGAAGGGAUACGGGUUGAGGAUUAUGGAGAAUGCUCGCAAGGACACAUUUCUCAUCGAAUAUGUCGGAGAGGUCCUGGAUAAAAGGGUGCGGGCAGCUCGAGAGCAAGACUACAUUCGUCAAGGUCGAGAACAUCUUUAUUUUAUGAGCUUAAGCAGAACUCAGACCAUCGAUGCUUCUCUGAAAGGAAACUUCGGUCGAUUCAUCAAUCACAGCUGCGAGCCAAACUGUAAGACGGAGAAAUGGAUGGUCGACGGAGAAAUCUGCAUUGGAGUUUUCGCCAUCACAGACUUGGAAAAGGGUGAAGAAAUUACGAUCGACUACAACUAUGUCUUCGCCCGUGGGUUGUGCGUACAAAAAUGUGAAUGUGGCCAUGGAAAAUGCCGUGGAUACAUUGGACUCAAAGGUCGUGGUCCUUAGCGUUCUCACCCUGACAUUUACGAUGUUUAGUCUCCAAUGGAUCCAAUCGGCAGUUCGUUUUGGUGCAAUUUCAUCGAUCAAGUAUAUUUGACGGUAAAACAUUUUCAGAAUGGUCAAUUCUUGAUGUGGGAAUUUCUCCUUCCAAGUCUUGAGAUAGGCACAUCGUACACUUGCUUGUAAUACAUAAUUGUCUCGUUUACGUAUCACACAUUUAGCUUGUUCA